AUGGCGGAGAUCUGUGAAAGGGAACAGCGCUUUAUCUCACAUCCUGCAUCAGAGAUCAACCAACUACUGAACUUCUAUUCACAGACCAAUACCACAUCUCGCUGGGUAAGGAAAAAACGAGGUGGGCGUGACCCCAGAGUAAGACUUGCGACUCCGAACUUGAUCCCCUCUCAAAAGAAAGUGUUGACGACUAAGAUGUUGGGGCCCCCCAUGGAAAUGGUCUUGACGCCACUCGUAUACCGGCGACUGUUAAAGAAAAAACUACUUAUAUCGCUUUUAUAUUCUGCUAUUGUUUUUAAUAAAUUUUCCGUAAAAGAACUUAGCAUGGAUGAUUACCGAUGGGAGAAAACCCUGUUAGGGCACACUUUUAGCAUGUCUCGUGCACCAUGCAACCAUUAUGAAGGCGGUACCAAGACAGUCUUGGAUGUAUUUAGAUCUUGGCUCCAAACGCACGAGGAGGCUCAGAUAAUGGUUGCCAGUAUUUUAGUCGUCUUCGGUCUUUGGUGGUUGGUGCGGACGAUACUCGCCUUACUUAUUAACUUAGUUUGUCCACUCUUGUUCGUCUUAUUGGCUGUAAUUUGCGUACCUCAACUCCGAGCACCACUACUGGGACAAAAUUAUCCGUUACUGGCGAAUUUGUUGCGGAGUAUUUUACUUAAAAUGGCAGAAAAUUUAAAAACAUAG